CCCCGUGUCUCAGCUUUUUCUACUGUCCAAACUCGGUCCUCACUCCAACCCCAGUUCUUGGAUUCGCUCUCAAUUCGCGAAUUCAAUUCCCCUUUUCUCUCCCAGCUCAGAGAACCACCACUCGUUUGUUUUUCUGCGCCAGACGCCUCUCGAUUCUCCGAUUGUCGUCAGGUGCUGUUCAUCAAGUUGGAUGGGAAGUUCCACAGAUGAUUCUGAUGUGGACACUGAUAUCAGUGAAUCUGAAUUGGAAGAGAGGGAAAGCAGGUCAUAUGAAGAACUGAAAAAUGGAAAUCACAUCGUGAAACUCUCGCACGAGACAUUUACUUGCCCCUAUUGUACGAGAAAGAGAAAGAGGGAUUUCUUAUACAAGGAUCUCCUGCAGCAUGCUUCUGGUGUAGGCAAAAGUUCUUCCAAUAAACGGAAUGCCAAAGAGAAAGCUAAUCAUUUAGCUCUAUUGAAAUAUUUGGAAAAAGAUCUAGCUGAUGCUGUUGGUCCAUCAAAACCUGCUAGCAACAAUGAUCCUGUUAUGGAUUGCAAUCAUGAUGAAAAGUUUGUGUGGCCUUGGAGAGGAAUUGUGGUAAACAUUCCGACUAGGCGUACAGACGAUGGACGAUAUGUGGGAGGAAGUGGAUCAAAGUUUAGAGAUGAGUUGAAAGAAAGAGGAUUUAAUCCCACAAGGGUUAUUCCAUUAUGGAAUUAUCGGGGCCACUCAGGUUAUGCUAUUGUGGAAUUUAAUAAAGAUUGGCCUGGUUUGCAUAAUGCUAUUUCGUUCGAGAGGGCUUACGAGGCAGAUCAUCAUGGGAAAAAGGAUUGGCUGGCUAAAGGUACUGAGAAACUAGGACUUUAUGCUUGGGUUGCUCGUGCUGAUGAUUACAACGCAAAUAAUAUAAUUGGGGAACAUUUACGUAAGAUUGGAGACCUUAAAACCAUAUCUGAAAUUAUUCAGGAGGAAGCACGGAAGCAAGAUAGGCUCGUGUCCAAUCUUACAAGUAUCAUUGAGCUCAAGAACAAACACUUGAAAGAGAUGGAGAAAAGAUGUAGUGAAACUGCCACCACCCUUAACAAUUUAAUGGGGGAGAGAGAGACAUUACUUCAAGCCUAUAACGAAGAGAUCAAAAAAAUCCAACUGGGUGCCAGAGAUCACCUUAAGAAGAUCUUCAAUGAUCAUGAAAAACUAAAGUUGCAACUGGAUUCUCAGAAAAAAGAGUUCGAGUCAAGAGGAAGAGAACUGGAAAAGCGUGAAGCCCAAAACGAAAAUGAGAGCAAGUAUCUGGCUGAAGAAAUUGAAAAGUAUGAGGUGAGAAAUAGUUCUCUUCAAUUGGCUGAAUUAGAGCAGCAGAAGGCUGAUGAAGAUUUUAUGAAGCUGGCAGAUGAUCAAAAGAAACAAAAAGAGGACCUCCACAAUAGAAUAAUCCGACUGGAAAAACAACUGGAUGCCAAACAAGCACUAGAGUUGGAAAUUGAGCGUCUUCGUGGGACAUUGAAUGUUAUGAAGCACAUGGAAGAUGAUGAGGAUGUGGAAGUCCUCCAAAAGGCAGAGUCAAUUCUAAAAGAUUUGAGUGAAAAGGAAGGAGAACUUGAAGAACUCGAUGAACUUAACCAAACAUUGAUAGUAAAGCAGCGCAAGAGUAAUGACGAGCUCCAAGAAGCUCGUAAAGAGAUAAUUAAUGCUUUCAAAGAUUUGCCUGGUCGUUCUCACUUGCGUGUUAAGAGAAUGGGUGAAUUAGAUACAAAACCAUUCCAUGAAGCAAUGAAGAAGAUAUAUAACGAGGAGGAAGCAGAUGAGAGAGCUUCAGAGCUGUGCUCAUUGUGGGCAGAAUAUCUCAAGGACCCAGAUUGGCAUCCUUUCAAAGUAAUUAAGGUCGAAGGAAAAGAUACCGCCGAAGGAAAAGAUAAGGAAAUUGAAAUUUUGAAUGAUGAAGAUGAGAAACUGGAAGGUCUGAAAAAGGAUUAUGGCGAGGAAGUAUACAAGGCUGUGGCGUCGGCUUUAAUGGAGAUAAACGAAUACAAUCCCAGUGGACGGUAUAUAAUAUCGGAGCUGUGGAACUACCAAGAGGAAAGGAAAGCAACGUUGCGAGAGGGAGUAAAAUUCUUACUGGACAAGCUGAAUAAAAACAACUAGAAAAGGGAAACACCCUGAAGCAGCCAUAAUGAUUGAACCAACAACAUUGCCUUGAAAUAAAACGCAACACGUUUUUUCGUUCAGCAUGCUCGUAUGGAGUCAUCUGAUAUUUCUUUACAGAAAAUCAAAACAUGGGCGUGGAGAUGAAGUUCUCUUCCUUGCAACUAGAAGACAUAACCAGGAGAUGGAGGACUAUGAGCCAGUAAGUCAUGUCACUGUAUGUGUUCUGUAUCCAGUAUUGAUAAUGCAGACUUGUUUAUCUAUUAUCAUUUACUGAUCUUACUAUUUAAUUUGCUCUGAAAACGUAUUAUAGUUUGUCGUCUUCAAUCCGAGGGGCGAUUUGUAACCUACAUGUAAUGUCGAGUCUAGAGACUGAGUGAUAAUUUCUAUCUUAUUCAUGUUUCAAUAAUGUAAGAGCUUCUGAGCAAUUUUAUGAAUAGCUUGGAUAGCCAUUGUUGUUGAA